UUUUGUAGAGAUAUGAACAUAUAUAUAUAUAUAUUAUUUUUUUUUGUCUGAGAUAAAGAUUAAAUAGUUUAUUCUCGCUAGCUGACAAAGUUGAAACAUGUUCACGGAUGAAACUCUUGACUUAAUUGGUGUCGAAUCGACAUGGAGAAAGUCGCAUCAGCAAACACAAGAAUCAAGAAGCUGUCAAACUCUUCCAGUUCACACAGCAGAGGCUGAAACACAAGCUAAAGAAGUGUUAGACGACAGCACCCAGACACAAGAGCAGAUCAGUCACACACUCUCCCUAGAUCGAGACAUAGCUGACUUUCCUGGUUUGCUGGACUUCUUGCAUAAAGUUGAAGACAUAGUUAUCAAAGAACUGGUGAAAAACUCCAAGAGUCAUGCUUUUGAUGGGUUUCAAGUGAACUGGGAGGAUCAGAAUGAGUCGGUGUCCUGCAUGUACCGUCUUCAGCAUGUUGAUGCCCAGGAAAGGGGUCUGCAAGUCACCAGCGUGUCCUGGAACUGCACCGGCUCGGUCAUAGGCUGUGGAUUCGGCCGUGUGGAUGAUGGUGAUUGGAGCAAUGAGAAGGCGUAUGUGUGCACGUGGAACCUGGACCGGCAGAACCUGAACCCAAAGCGGCCGGAUGUGAUCAUAGACGUGGCCAGUCCAGUCAUGUGUCUGUGCUUCCAUCCUGUGAGACCGUCUGUGCUUACCCGAGGUAGCACCACUAUAGGAGUAACCUCUGUUGCACUUUCCCCGUGGGACCUGGACACAUUCCUGGUGGGCUCAGAAGGAGGCCUUGUGCUCAAAUGCUCCUUCAGCAGUGAGACAGUGGCAGCAGUGCCCCCUGAUGGUGAGAGCGUGACACUGCGGGCUCCAGUGCAAUUCUCUUUCUCACCACUAGGGGGCCCUGUGCACUCAGUCCACUUCUCACCGUUCCAUAGGAAUCUGUUUGUAAGUGUCGGAACAGAUGGUUUGGCUCAUCUGCACACUGUGCUCCAGCCCCGUCCCCUGCUGUCUCUACGGGUGUCCGAUUCAUAUGUGUUUGGGGUGAGGUGGUCACCUACACGCCCUCUAGUCUUUGCUGCAGCCACAGGACAAGGUUUGGUCCAGAUGUUUGAUUUGGGUCGGAGGUCUUUAAGGCCAGCUGCCACAAUUGACCAGAACACAAGUGGUCAGCCAACAUAUUGUCUGGAGUUCAACCCCAAACACACAAAUCUGAUGGCAGCGGGCAAUGCAGAUGGUAGUGUCAGCAUCUGGCAGCUCAGCUCCGAGUUAACAGAACAAGGUGCCAAGGAAACGGCAAUGCUAGAACAGCUAGCCAAUGAGGUGGCGGACUGAGUCUGUUUGAAACUUUCUUAAAACACGUUUAUAUAUGCAUUGCAUAUCUUCAACUGUACAUUUACACUGUAAAAUAAAAACACUUGACAAUUC